GCCGGCACUUUCCUCUCAAGUUGCAGCGCAAGUUCGCCUGUGGCUGGCGGCAGGGAGGGCGCGCGGAGCCUCCUCGCCCACGGCCAGGCGGGGGUCCCCGAGUGCAUGGGCGCGGGCCGGGGGCGCCCGGGGGGCUGAGGAGCCGCGCAGCCCGCGCGCCCCGCGCCAUGGAGGGCCCCGAGCCCCGCGCACGGCCCGAGCGCCUGGCGGAGGCCGAGGCGCGGACGGCCGACGGCGGGCGCCUGGUGGAGGUGCAGCUGAACGGCGGCGCCCCGUGGGGCUUCACCCUGAAAGGCGGCCGCGAGCACGGCGAGCCGCUGGUCAUCACCAAGAUUGAGGAGGGAAGCAAAGCCGCCGCGGUGGACAAGUUACUGGCCGGGGACGAGAUCGUGGGCAUCAACGACAUCGGACUCUCAGGGUUUCGACAGGAAGCCAUUUGCCUGGUGAAGGGGUCCCAUAAGACCCUGAAGCUGGUGGUGAAAAGGAGGAAUGAGCUGAGCUGGCGGCCUCACUCCUGGCACGCCACCAAGUUCUCCGACAGCCACACCGAGACGUCUGCCUGUCAGCUGCCCUCCGCCAGCGCCUGCCCCUCCUGGCACGGCCGACACCACGCCAGCUCCUCCUCCCAGGACCUGUCGGGCGCGUGGGAGCCCACGAACCUGCAGCGCAGCUCGGGCCACUUCAGCUCCCUGGGCAGCGUGGACAGCCUGGACCAGCCCUCGCAGCCCUACCCCUCGGGCCGCCUGUCGGCGGCCAAGUCCAACAGCAGCAUCGACCACCUGGGCGGGCCGAGCAAGCGCGACUCGGCCUACGGCUCCUUCUCCACCAGCUGCAGCACGCCCGACCACACCUUGCCCAAGGCCGACGCCGCCUCCACGGAGAACAUCCUCUACACCGUGGGGCUGUGGGAGGCCUCCCGGCCGGCGGGCGGGCGACAGGACCCCCUGGGCCCGGAGGAGAGGCUCGGGCCCUUGGCGCCCAGGGCGCCCCUGGAGAGCAGCAGGAGCCCCUGGCCGGAGGACGGGCCGGACCCCAAGCUGCCCCCGGCGGGGAGGUCCAGCUUUGGGCCCGUCUGGUACGUUCCGGAUAAGAAGAAAGCCCCGGCCUCCCCGCCCCCGCCCCCGCCCCCUCUGCGCAGUGAUAGCUUCGCGGCCACCAAGAGCCACGACAAGGCCCAGGGCCCUGCGUUCGCAGAGGCCGCUGCGGCCGCCCAGCAGCACUUGGCGGGCCUGACGCGGGCUCAGCCCCGCGGCGACUGGAGAGCGGAGCCCGCCGAGGCCCAGCGCCGGCCGGCACGCCCCGGAGACGGCAGGAGACCCGGCAGCUCGGGCUGCGCCGCCGACGCGCCCCUGGACUGCGGGUGGCCGUCCGCCGGCCACGGGGCCGCCAGCCGGCUGCAGGCCUCUCUGUCCAGCACCGACGUGCGCUUCCCGCCGUCGCCCUACGGGUGCCAGCACCCGCGCCAGUACAGCGACGACGGCCCCUUCUUGCACGAGGGCCCCGGGGCCGCCGCGGGGCAGGGGGGGCAGCUGCGCGGGGUCCUCGCCGGGGUUCGGCCGGAGGCUCCGGCCCAGCGCUUCCAGGACGACAACCCCUGUCAGGCCAGGUGGCCGCCUGCUGCUGACCGGAAGGGGGACAGCGGUGGGCAGAGCCACCCCCGCUCCGGGACUGCAAGGCAGGGCCUCCUGGGGGGUCCUCAGCUGUCGCAGCUCCGGGACGUCUCCUGGCGCUGCGCCUCGCCUCUGGGCGCCCCAGACGGUCCCGCCCCACAGCUGGUGGGCCAGAAGCCCCGCGGCCCCUUCCCGCAGCCCGAGGAUGCUCAGGGGAGGGAGAGGGCUGACCUAGGGCACAGAGGGGUGGGGGGCUGCCCCUCGGGAACGGAGGAGCCCCCGGGGGCCGGCCAGGGCGCUGCCGCGGUGAAGCCCGCGGCGGACGCCUUCAAGUGGGCGGACGGCGACCGCGGCAAGAUCUCGGCUCACAAGACGCCCCUGCUGCACUCGCUGGCCCAGGAGGGCAGCCGGCGGCCCGCGGAGGGCCGGGAAGGGGGCGCGGACAGGCUGCCGCCCUUCGACGCCCAGGUGGGCAAGCCCACGCGGAGGAGCGACCGGUUCGCCACCACGCUGCGGAACGAGAUCCAGCAGCGGCGGGCCAGGCUGCAGAAGAGCAAGAGCACCGUGGCGCUGGCCGGGCCCGCCGAGGCCGAGGCCGAGGGCGAGGGUGAGGGCGAGGCCAGCGGCGGCUGGUGCGGGGCCGCCGCGCCGGGGCCGUCUUUCCCGGGCACCUACAAGGACCACCUGAAGGGGGUGCAGGCGCGCGUCCUCAGGGCCACGUCGUUCCAGCGCCGCGACUUGGACCCCAGCCCUGCGGAGCGGUACGCGGGGUCCCCAGAACCCAGGCCCGCGAGCCACCGCCCAGAGCCCAGCGCCGCCGCCGCGCCCCACGCCUGGGAGGCCGGCCCCGCCCGGCCGCCUUCCUGCGCGGGCGGCGCGCCCCACGUGGCCCGCAUCGGGGGCCGCAGGCGCUUCACGGCGGAGCAGAAACUGAAGUCCUACUCGGAGCCGGAGAAGAUGAACGAGGUGGGGCUCUCGGGGGGUGGCCGCCCCCGCGCGCACCCGCACCCGCACCCCGAGGACACCGUGGGCAGCUUCGCCGACAGGUGGAAGUUUUUUGAGGAAACCAGCAGGCCGGUGGCGCAGAGAGCCGGCCCGCGGCAGGUGCUCCCCGGGGUCCCGAAGGAGAAGCUGGACCGGCCGUGGGCCGCCGGCCACGGGGACCAGGGCCCUGAGCUCCGGCUCCAGGGGAGGGCCCGCGCCACCUCCUUCGGAGAAACCGCCGCGGGCGGCCCCAGGAAGGCGGGAAAGGCGGGGGCACCGGAGGAAGCACCGCAGAGGCUGGGAACCUUCGCCGAGUAUCAGGCCUGCUGGAGGACGCAGCGCAGGGGCCCCGACGCCAGGGCCUCGGGGCGGUACCACUCGGCCGACGACAUCCUGGACGCCAGCCUGGGCCCGCGCGAGCCGCUGCGGCAGGUGCACGAGCGCUCGCGGUCGUCGCCGUCCACGGAGCUCUACAAACAGGAAGCGCCCGUGGAGCCGCGGCGACAAGCAGAGGACCCUGGGGAGCGCAGAGGACUCGCCUCCGCAGUCCCGGAUGAGGAGCGGUGUCCGGCCCCAAGACAAGCAGAUGCCCAGGGUCCAGAAGUCAGCCCAGCGGCACGCCGGGACGCGCGGCACCCGGCCCGGGGCUCUGAGCCGUCCCAUGCCCAGGACGCCGCGGAGGCGCCCCACGAGGGCCGCAGCAGAGCGGGGACCCUCCCGUGUGACUACAGAUACUCAGAGGACCACAGCCCUGCACACCCACUGCCGCCGCCGCCACCACUGGGCCCAGGAUCCCAAACGCACGGCGGCCUCUCGGCCCCGCCCACUCGAGGGCCAGACCCCCGGCCUCUGAGCGCCAGGUCCCUCGCCAAGCGACCCACUCCGCAGAGGCCGCCGCCGCCCAAGCGCGAGCCGAGACAGUUCAGGGGACCCGCCGGUGCCAUUCCCACGGGCGCACCUGCCGCCAAUCACCUGGCAGCGCCUGGCAGGCCGGUCCCCACGCCGUCCCCUGAGGCCCUGGAGGUGUGUGCCGACCGCCCGGCGCUCCCCCGCAGCCCCCGCGCCUGGGCGGAGAAGCUGAGCGGCGCCCAGCACGCAGACGCCACCCCGAAGCUGGACGGGCAUGUAGAGGAGCACCCAGCCUGCCCCCCGCGGGAAGCCCCGCUCCCCCCCAAGGCCCGCCCCCCGCAGACGCCCGGCAUGGAGACCUCGCGCUCCCCUUCUCCUCAGUUCGCCCCCCAGAAGCUGACGGACAAACCUCCCCUGCUCAUCCAGGACGACGGGUCCACCAGGAUCGAGCGGCUGAUAGACAACACCACGGUGAAGAUGGUGCCCAUCAAGAUCGUGCACUCGGAGAGCCAGCCGGAGAAGGAGAGCCGCCAGGGCCUGGCGCGCGCCCCCGCCGAGCCGCCCGCGCUGCCCAGCGGGCUGGAGCGCGACCAGAUCAAGACGUUGAGCACGUCGGAGCAGUCCUACUCGCGCUUCUGCCUGUACAGCCGCCCGGGCGCCGAGCCCGAGCCCUCGCGCCCGCCGCCGCCGCCACCGCCCCAGCCCGCAGCGCCCGGCGGCCCCGACGGCCGCGCCUCCCCGCCCGCGCUCAGCUACGUGAAGGCCAGGGAGCGGACGGCGGAAGACCUGAAGUCGGAGGAGCUGGCCCGGGAGAUCGUGGGGAAGGACAAGUCCCUGGCCGACAUCCUGGACCCCGGCGUGAAGAUGAAGACCACCAGGGACCUCAUGGAGGGUAUCUUCCCCAAGGACGAGCACCUCCUGGAGGAGGCUCAGCAGCGCAGGAAGCUGCUCCCCAAAGUCCCCUCGCCCAGGACCACGGAGGAGAAGAGAGAGGAGCCGAGCGUGCCGGCGGCCGCGUUCCUGGCCACCAAUUCCACCUACUACAGCACGUCGGCCCCCAAGGCGGAGCUGCUGAUUAAGAUGAAGGAUCUGCAGGAGCAGCAGGAGCCCGAGGAGGACUCGGGCAGCGACUUGGACCACGACCUGUCCGUGAAGAAGCAGGAGCUCAUCGACAGCAUCAGCCGCAAGCUGCAGGUGCUCCGGGAAGCGCGCGAGAGCCUGCUGGAGGACAUCCAGGCCAACAACGCCCUCGGGGACGAGGUGGAGGCCAUCGCCAAGGACGUCUGCAAGCCCAACGAGUUCGACAAGUUCCGGAUGUUCAUCGGGGACCUGGACAAGGUGGUGAACCUCCUGCUGUCCCUGUCGGGCCGCCUGGCCCGGGUGGAGAACGCCCUCAACAAUUUGGACGACAGUACUUCUCCUGGGGAUCGGCAAUCGCUGCUCGAGAAGCAGCGGGUCCUCGUCCAGCAGCACGAGGACGCCAAGGAGCUGAAGGAGAACCUGGACCGCCGCGAGCGCCUGGUGUGCGACAUCCUGGCCAGCUACCUGAGCGACGAGAGCCUGGCGGACUACGAGUACUUUGUGAAGAUGAAGUCGGCCCUCAUCAUCGAGCAGCGGGAGCUGGAGGACAAGAUCCACCUGGGCGAGGAGCAGCUCAGGUGCUUGGUGGACAGCCUCCAGCCCGACAGGGGCAAGUGACCGGGUCCUCGCCGGCGGGGCGUGGACGCACGGGGCCUGGGCACUGCGGUCCCCGGGCUGCGAGCGGAAGCACGGCCUGUGUGUAUGCCCCGCGGCCAGAACUCUCCCUGCCGUGGCGAGGGGGCCCUGGGGAAAGCAGGAACUCCCGCGUGUGUUUGGGACGAUUUAUGGAAGCUGUUGGCUUCCCUUUAGAGCACGGGGCCCGGUGGCUGCCAGUCGGCCGUUCUCCUUCCCAAGGAACCAGACGUGGCGCUUAGUCUGCGGUCCGUGGCGGUCUCUGCCCUGCGUCCUUGGGCUCCGGGCCUGUGGUGCAGGCGGGGCUCGUGCGUGGCGGCCAGUGGGUCCUGCCUCCCCCGCCUUCGCUGCUGGACCAGCCUCCUGGGAAGCAACGGACGGCGUGUGCGGGGCGCACGGCAGGGGACCCCUGGUCCACGUCCUCUCGUGGGACUCCUCCCGGCCACGGGCCUCCCUCUCUUUCGUCCACGUUUGUCCCACGGCGUUAGUGUUCCUUGUCUCUCUCAUGUAACGACGUGCCCUGACCUAGCAAAGCCCGUGAUGAUGAUAAUUUAUUAACAUUUUGUAAAGGUGACUACUUCGCCAGUGGUUCAAAACCAACUGUGAAACGCGUAAGCCGCACGUCGGGUGCCCUCACGCUACACCCGCAGCACAGAUGGUGAGCGUGCCGCUAACCCUUCGCCCGCCUGCCCUGGCGGCACGGGGCGGGGGCUGCCCUGCGGCGUGCAGCGGCGCGGUGACGUGUGUGUCUGGUCGUCUCGUGCUCGCUCGAUGUUUGUCUCAUGAGCCCAACAGGAUGUUCCUUAAGUUCCUUUCCCCCCAGAACAGUUGUUUUGUGUGUGUACGGUCCCAUUCGUGGUGAUCGGCUACUUGCCUGUGUUUCCCUCUUUAAAUUGACCAGCACGGCCGUGAAGGCUGCGAUCCGUUUCCUGGAAGAAUCCAGCCUCCGGUGUUUCAGAGGUCCCAUCGCCAGUAUAAACCUGCCAUCGAGUUCACAGACUCUGCCCCGCUUAUGGAUGGAAACGGCAAGAUUCUGAAGAGAGUCUAUUCACUUAAAACAAAACAAAACAAAACACACCAUCGUGCUGUCCAUUUCUAGUUGACAAGUCACAGACUGGGAGGAAAUAUUGGCAUGUCACGCGUGUGACAAGGGAAUUGUCUCCAGAAUACGUAAAGGACUGAACAAAAAAAUCUGCCAUCAGAGAAAAACAGCCCCUGUUGAAACGCGGGCCGGAGAUUGCACCAAAGAGGACCAGCGUGGCACAUACAUGCGCACAGUGGAAGGCUGGGGAACCGCCACCGGCCUGGUUGGGGGCUCCUGACGUCUCCCUAAAUCGUCGUAGGGCUGUGCCUGUCUCCACGGAUGCCCACCUGACCACAGGCGUGGUUGAUGGCGGGGGAUCCCUUGGAUGAGUUCACGUGAAGGUAACAUCUGGACACUUGUUUGACGGAGGGAUCGUUGUCUUACCCGAUGCCCCUUAUUGCCAUGAAAGACGUUUUCCAGCAAGUGCAGAGGAGACAUCUCUUUGUCGGGGGGCGGGGACCGCCGCCUUAUCAAAACGCACCCACGCAGAAAUGUCUCAGGACAUGUGUCCAUCCUUCAGGAGCCAGAGCGGGGGAGCCGGACUCCCGUGCCCACGUCCUUGAGCCGAACGGAGGGGUCCCAACGGGCACGCCCCGCUAACGCAGGCAAUAAGCCUCUCUCUGGCAACCCACCCACCCCGGAAAGACAGAGGCCUUUCUGGACGUCUUCAUGCCCACCGGGGGAAGCUCUGUGGCUUGAGCAAUCCGCCAACGAAGUGUCCUCCUUCGCGCCCGGCCGCGAGCUCCGGAGACCGGAAGGUCCAGCUGCCUGUUGGCGGACCUCCCCCCGUCUCCCUGCCCGGGGGGGCCGCCACCCUCCUUUCCGUGUGUGUUUGCUUUUUCCUUUAGACCCGAGGUUUCGUCUGUGAUGCCUCCCCCUCAGAUACCGUCUUGUGCUGGUGUCGAUGCCCUGUCCAGUGUGGAGAACAGAGUCUGUGUGUCCGUACCCUGCCUUCGAUGUGUCCCGAGCACUUUCUCAUACGUGGCCACAUGCAGUGCUGUUCCCCUGUUUGCCUGUUCCGUGUCUGGGGAGUGGGGUGGGGGGACCCAAAGAUUCCGGCGAGUCGAUGUAUAUACGUGAUGUUGUAUAUAGUUCCAUGAUUGCCUAGAGAACCUGUCUGGUGCUACUGUUUGCCCUGGGCAUUCCUGGAGGGGCGGGGGGCUGCCUCCUGAGCCCGUGGCGUCGCUCCGCUGCGGCACGCCCCGACUCCGGGCAGCCCCCCGUGCCCGCGGCUCACUGCGGAAACUGUGUGCAGGUGUCGCGCCCGACACUUACCUCUCUCUACACACCGUCCUGCUUGACUUUCACGAAAUAAAUAGUGUCUCCGAG